AUGAAAGAAGCAAAGGCUGGUGACCCAACUGAAAAGCUACAGAUAGAAGAAUCUUCCAAACCAAUGCGUCUAUCAAAGCAAAUAGAUAAAGCCAUAACAACAAAUUACAAACCUGUGGCAAACCACCAGUAUAAUAUUGAGUACGAGAAGAAGAAGAAAGAAGAUGGUAAGCGCGCUCGUGCUGAUAAGCAGCAGGUGCUGGACAUGCUUUUCUCUGCAUUUGAGAAGCACCAGUAUUACAACAUUAAAGACUUGGUGGACAUUACAAAACAACCUGUGACAUAUCUUAAGGAAAUCUUAAGAGACAUUGGUAUUUACAAUGUUAAAGGAACCCACAAGAAUACUUGGGAGCUGAAACCAGAAUACCGCCAUUACCAAGGAGAAGAAAAGAGCGAUUAGGAAAAAUUACACAUCUAUGUGUGAGCUGGAGGUGUUACCAUAACCUGCAGCAAAUACUUCCAACAGUGUGAAAAGAAUUGCAUUAAUAACAUUUUUAUGCCGGAGUUAUUUUACAGUUUGAAAUCUAUAUAUAAUGAUAUAUUUUGUAAUUUCACUAAAGAAUCUUGCAGGAAUAAGCUGUAUAUAUGUUACCAUGCUUGUUAUACCAGAUGUAUUUUUACAAGAUUGUACUUGGAAAUACUUAGGUCUUUAUUUAAACUACUGAACUAUACAGCAUUUUCAGUUUUGUUACUUUGUACCUAGAGCCUGAAUAAAUCCCUCACCUUGCUCUAUUCAGUUCAUACAUUUCUUAAUAUAAUAACAGGCAAUAGCUUUUUGGUGCAUUUAGUUAUACUCUACUCUUCUCCAUCUCUGAACAGGAUCAAGUGAUGCAUUGAAACGGAACUAAAAAUCUUACUAAUAGCUGAAUAUUCGAUGCAAUAUCAUCUUUAUUCCAAUAGUGUUAAAAUAUAAUGCAAAAUUAGUUUUAGUCCCUUUUUUAAACUUUUUUUUUGUCUAGCUGGAUCCAUUUUUUGUUACUUUUUUAUUAUCUAAAUACACAGAAAAAAAUAGUACAAAGGCAAAAAAAAAUACCUUUUUUAAAAAUAAAAAAUACAUUUUUAGUAAUGGCAAAAAUUCCAUGUGAAAAUAUUUUUUGUACACUAGGGGGCAGCAAUAUACAAUGUUGUAUGAGUCAAUCUUGUUAUGAGUUUUUGUUUUUGUGUAAAGCAUAUGAACAUAUGUUUUCCCAUUGCAUCGUAGAUCAUAAAUACAGAUUCUCCUUUUAAAGUGACAUGAAACCCAACAUUUUCCUUUCCUGAUUCAGAAAGAGCUCACAAUUUUAAACAAUGUUCCUUUUUACUUAUAAUAUUACAUUUGCUUUAUACUCUUGGUAUUGUUUGUUGAAGGAGCAACAAUGCACUACUGGGAGUUAGCUGAGCCAAUAACAACACGCUAGUUUCCAGUAGUGCAUUGCUGCUCCUGAGCCUACCUAGAACAAAGCAAAUUAGAUAAUAGAAGUAAAUUGGAAAGCUGUUUUAAAUUGAAUUCUCUUUCUGAAUCAUAAAAUACAAAUUUGGGGAUUCAUGUCCCUUUAAGAACAAUGCAUGGUCAUGCAAUACAGGUUUAUUUUUUGUAAUUUACUUAUAGCAUAAAAAUACAGUUUAAGAUGUAAUUUGUAAAAACUUUACACAAACAAUGUCCUAAAAGUGUUGUGUUUAUAAGAGUAAUGUAUUGCUUUAUAGGGCGCACUUCAGCUAAUAAUCAAUCUGAAGGUGUUGUCUCUCAUUCACAAACCUUCAGGAAGAAUAUUUUUGUCAAGGUCAAACAAAUUGUAAUAAAAUCUUUCAUUAACUUGUUUUA